AUGGAUUACUUCGACUUCGACAUGGACUUACCUGAAGAAUGGCUGACAGAUGACUCAGACGACGCAGAGGGAAAGGCUGUUAUGGAGAUCUUGGUCGGUACACCUGCGGAGUCGCCCGAUGAGGACGACUCCUCUAGUCAUGUAACGGUAUCGGUCUCCUACGCCUUCCAUCCAUAUACCUCCUUCGAUGACCUCGCCCCAGACCUCGUCUUCGUCUCCAAAGACCAAGUGUUCUUCUACGUACAUUGUCAGAAGGUGCUCGCCGCGUCCGACAACGGCUUCGCCAUGCUCCUCCCGUCCUCCUUCGAGCUCUCCUUGGGCGAUCAGCCAGCCAUCGUCGUGGUCCCCGAGCCCGCCGACGUGCUCAACAUCCUCUUACACGCCAUCUACGGCCUGUCCGCCCUCGAGUACCGGCCCUCUUUCGAGAUUGUAUCCACGACGCUCGACGCACUCCCGCGGUACGGCCUCGCCGAAAAACGCUUCGCCAGCGCAGGCACGCCGCUCUACGACCUCGUGGUGGCGUGCGCGCCGUUGCAUCCGAUCGACACCUACGCACUCGCUGCGACGCACGACCUCGCCGACGCCGCCACCGCCACGUCCGCGCACCUCCUUGCGUUCCAGCUCGCGACGCUCUCAGACGAGAUCUCCACGCGCAUCGGCGCGGUUUAUCUCAGGAAGCUGUUCUUCCUGCACCUCGGGCGCAUUGAGGCGCUGAAGCACCUGUUGCUCCAGCCCCCGAAUACGCAUACAGAGACACUGGAAUGCUCAGCGACCCAACAGAGAUCCUUGACGCGGGCGUGGGCAUUGGCUAUCGCUCACGUCAUGUGGGAUGCGGAGCCCAACUUAUCAACACAUCUGUUGCAAGCGGCGUUGCUUCCCCUGCACAAGGAACUGACGUGCCCAAAAUGUCAACUGGCCCUGCGCGAUAGGAUAGCGCGUCUGACCAUCGACUGGGCGUCAGUGAAGAGGACAAUAUAG